GUACACUUAGAGAUCAGGGAGCAGGUGAUAAUACUCAUCAAGAAUUUCUAGAUAAUUUAAUAUCUCAAUUGACCGAGGAAGCAAAUGCAAGUGCAAAAGGUCCACCACCAGCGAGUAAAUCUUUUAUCAAUAAGUUGCCAAUUGUUCCAAAAUCAGAUAUUAAUUCAGUGGAUUCUGAUGAUCCAAUUUGGAGACAAAAACAAAAAGAUCUUAAGAAUCAACAAAUUAGACAAGAAGAUGAUGAGGAGGAUGUUGAUCCUAUUGAUUUUAUGUACCUAUAA